AAGAAGCCUCCAGCUCAAAACCCAAUCAACAAGGGACUUGGAAAAAUUCAACAUCACCAGGAUUAAGUUCCACCAUCAUGUCCCUUCUUCCAGGAUCGGGUGCCCUCUUUUUGUUCGUCUACAUCUCCACAUUUGUAACAGGUCUUCCCCUGAACAUAGCGGCCCUGGGUACGCUCAUUAAAAAAUUUAGGCAGGGUGCUGUACCAGUGGACAUCCUGCUGGUCAACCUGACCAUUUCCGAUUUGUUACUUUUGAUGAUUCUUCCCUUCCGCAUGUUGGAAGCGGCGUCUGACAUGCAGUGGAAAAUGCCAUCUCUUUUAUGUCCUUUGUCAUCGUUUAUGUACUUUAGCAGCAUUUACAUCACUUCUCUCUUCCUCAUGGCCAUCAGCGUAGAGAGGUAUCUUGCUGUUGCCUUUCCAUUCAAAUACGUGGUUCUCCGUAAACCAAUCUACUCUGUGCUGACUAGCCUCUUCAUCUGGAUCAUUGGAUCUGUUCACUGCAGUAUCGUGUAUAUCGUGGAGACCGCUAUUCCCGAUAAUGUGACGGAACGAAACAAUACGAUGUGUUACAGUACGUUUUCACCGGCACAGCUCAAAAUUCUACUCCCGGUGAGGCUGGAAAUGAGCUUGUUUCUUUUCUUAAUCCCAUUCGUGAUCACCAUCUUCUGUUACUCUAACUUCAUCAAGAUCCUCCUGUCUCAGCCUCGGCUGGAGAAGAAGAGAAGAAUGAGAGCCAUCUGCCUAGUGGUGAUCACCCUCAUUAAUUUCAUUCUUUGUUUCAUGCCCUAUAAUUUAUCGCAUGUCGUGGGAUUUUUCCAGGGUGAUAGUCCAGAAUGGAGAGUCUACUCUCUACUCUUAAGCACCUUCAAUGCAUCGUUGGAUCCCGUCAUAUUCUAUUACUCAUCGGCGUCCUUUAAGAAAGUCUUUUUGGAGGGGCUGGUGGACGUUUUGAAAAAGUUACAUUUUGGGAAGUGUUGCUUUAAAAUUUGCAUUGCUCCUUGUGAGAGAGAGACUAAAACCAUCGGAGAUUCAUGUUAG